GGGAGGGAGGGAGGAGUGGGGAGAGAGGGAGCCUGUGAGCAGGACUGAGCGAGGCGCCAGCCACAGGGCUCGGUGCGAGGUGCAGAUCUUCGCGCUUUGACUACCGGCAGCUGCAUGAUGUCAACAACCGAGGAGAGCCAAGUGACGGCGGUAACUCCGCUCAAACUGACCGGCUUGGUGUGCGUGGUCAUCUCACUCUGCCUGGACGUGGUGGCCUUGCUGAGUCCCGCCUGGGUCACCGCCGACAGCCACUUCUCUCUCUCUCUCUGGCAGAGGUGUUUUCGAGCCGGAUUGCUUCCCGACGGCGAGUGGGACUGCAAGUGGGCGCUGGACAGCGACUGGGAGAUUGCCACGGUUGCCUUGCUUCUGACUGGAGCUGCCAUCAUUCUUAUUGCCUUUCUGGUGGCUUUGAUCUCAAUCUGUCAGGGGACUCGUCGAAAAUUCUACAAACCUGUGGCUAUCCUGUUAUUUUCUGCAGUUGUUCUCCAAGUAUGUGGACUCGUUUUAUACCCAAUCAAAUUUGUGGAAACAGCCACGAUGCGAACAUAUCAUGAGUUCAACUGGGGAUAUGGCAUUGCCUGGGGAGCCACCAUCUUCUCAUUUGGGGGAGCUGUACUUUACUGCUUAAACCCGAAGAACUAUGAUGAUUACUACUAGAGCAGAACUAAUUCUACCAAAAUUAAGCUCACCUCCUUUGCUAACUUGCUACUUUCUAAGUUGAAGUGUGGUAUUUAACCUGUUCUCUCUAUGCACUAUUCACUUUGGCUGUAAUGAAGAUAAUUGCUUUAACUCCUGCACCACAAAUAUGGAACUCUGGAAGAGCUCAUGGCUGAAAUUUUGUAUAUUAGCAGUUUCAUGUACAGUGUGCUGGAAUGCAGACUUCUGUUAGUUUCACAUCAGCUGAGCGGAAUCACAAAAGUGUGCAUUGAAGAACAUGAAUCAAAAUUUACCUUCGCAAGAAUGUUCAAUUCAAUUUACCUUGAAGAAAGAAUUUGUGCUGGGUAUGAAGGACAUGAGUUUCCCAUAGUGAGGUUGGAAAACUUAUACCUCAUAUUUGAGUUGGAUGAAGUGCUGAUUGUUCUGUGGCAACUCAAGUAAAAGUGCAUGUUUGCAUCCAUUUUCAAAAGCUGAGCAACAUCCUCUGUAAAAGUUUACUGUGCUGAUGCAAAAUAGAAAUGUAUUACUCUUGUUUCUAAUUAUUACAGAGAAAUGGGAACACUAUACUGUUGUAAAGCUGUACUAAAGUUCCAUUUGUAUCAUUCAAUUACAAUUGUAGCAUUUCAGUUAUCAUUUUCCUAUGCCUAUAGAUGAAUUUUAUGAAAUAUGUUUUUAAAACAAAAAGCAUAGCAAAUGUCAGUAUACUUAAAUACCACUAGAUGUAGUGUCAAAGAUGAGCAUUUUGAUGAGCUGAGUAUCUAGAAAGAAUCUUAUAUGCUAUUGUAAACAUUCUAAUUUAUUUGAGCGACUACUGUAUUUUUAUAUAGACUUCUGAACACUAUUUCCUGUAUGAUUAUACUAUUCCUUAUAUUGUGCCUAAAAAGUUAUUUUGACUUGUAUCUCAGAUAAAUUCCAUAUUUCCAACAAAUUGUUAUCUCCUUCUUUCUCUGUAACUUUCCUUCUCUGUUUCGUACAGUGAUCCCUGAAUACAUUAAUUUACUAUAAAAGACGUAAGUUUGGGAAGGAAAAGGAGGUUUGCUUGUAGUUGUACGGGGAAAACCUACAUUGAAUUUGUAGAGCUAUUUAUAUAAAAGGCCUGUGUACUUAAUUUUUCAUUUUAUUAUUUCCCACAUGAUCAACAACCUGAUACAAAGGUAUCAUUUAAGAACCUUGCCUGGACUUCUGCAGGGUAAGUUGAAAGUUUAUUUAAUCUUUCAUACAACAAUCAAUUUACUGAAAUGAUGCUGUAAGCAUUCCCACGGCAGGUGAACAGACUCUAACAAACAGAAAUGACCAACAAAUGUGCUCCAAGCUAUCAUUCCUGCAGACCAUUUCUUGUCUGCUACGCUAUCAUAAUAUAGUUUUUGGCCAUAUUCUUAGCAGUAAGUCUGUCUCAUAUUUUAUUGCCUUCAGCAUUUGGACAAUUAUUAGAUGUGUAAAAACUUAUUAACUCCAGAGAAAAACUCAUAUACAUUUUCGGCAAAAUACAUAACUCAUAGGCAUGUGAAAGGAGAAUGUGAAAAAAAUCAUGCAAGUGUAUUUUGCGUCAGUCUUCACUGUGGAAGACACUCGCAGUAUGCCAGAAAUUCGUGAAUAUCAGGGGACAGAAGUAAGUGUAGUUGCCAUUACUAAGGAGAAGGUGCUGAGGAAACUGAAAGGACUGAAGUUAGAUAAGUCACCUGGACCAGAUGGACUCCACCCCAGGGUUUUGAAAGAGGUGACUGAAGAGAUUGUGGAGGCGUUAGUAAUGAUCUUUCAAGAAUCACUAAAUUCUGGAAUGGUUCCAGAGAACUGGAAAAUUGUAAAUAUCAUUCUAGUCUUUAAGAAUGGAAGGAGGCAGAAGAAAGGAGAUAACCCUGAUUUCAGUGGUUGGAAAGCUGUCGAGGUCCAUUAUUUAGGAUGAGGUUUUGGUACUUGGAGGUGUAUGAUAAAGUAGGCCAAAGUCAGUUUGGUUUCCUUAAAGGGAAGUCUUGUCUGACAAAUCUGUUGGAAUUCUUUGAGCAAAUAACAGACAGGAUGGACAAAGGAGAAUCAGUGGAUGUUGUUUACUUGAAUUUUUUAGAAGGCCUUUGACAAGGUGCCACACAUGAGGCUGCUUAACAAGAUAAGAGCCCAUAGUGUUACAGAAAAGUUUGCAGAUGAUGCAAAGAUAGGUGGAGAGGCAGGUCAUGUUGAAGAAGUAAGGAGUCUGCAGGGGGAUCUGGACAGAUUGGGGUAAUGGGCAAGGAAGUGGCAGAUGGAAUAUAAUGUAGGGAAUUGUAUGGUAUGCACUUUUGUAGAAGAAAUAAGGCAUAGUCUGUUUUUUAAAAGGGGAGAAAAUUCAAAAAUCAGAGGUGCAAAUGGACUUGAGAGUAAGAUUCCCCAAUGGUUAACUUGGAGGUUGAGUCAGUGCUAAGGAAAGUAAAUGCAGUGGUAGCAUUCAUUUCGAGAGUACUAGAACUAAAAGCAAGGAUGUGAUGCUGAGGCUUUAUGAGGCAUUGGUUAGACUACACUUAAAGUGUUAUGAGCAUUUUGGGCCACUUAUCUAUAAGAAGAUGUGCUAGCAUUGGAGAGGAUCCAGAGGAGGUCCUUGAGAAUGACUCUGGGAAUGAAGAGGUUAACAUAUGAGGAACGUUUGGCUCUGGGGCUGUACUCACUGGAACUUAGAAGAAUGAAGGGGAACCUCAUUGAACCCUAUCAUAUACAGAAAGGCCUAGGCAGAGUGGAUGUAGGGAGGUACAUAGCAGGUGAGUCUAGGACCAGAGGGCACAGCCUCAGAACAGAGGGACAUCCAUUUAGAACAAAGAUGAGAAGGGAUUUCUUUAGCUAGAGGAUGGUGAAUCUGUGGAAUUUAUUGCCACAGAUGACUGUGGAGACAAAGUCAUUGAACAUACUUAAAGCAGAGGUUGAUAGGUUCUUGACUAGUCAGGGUAUCAAAGGUUAUGGGGAAAAGGCAGGAGAAUGGGGUUGAGAGAGAUAAUAAAUCAGCCAUGAGGAAUGGCAGAGUAGACUCAAUUGCUGAGUGGCCUAAUUCUCCUCCUAUGUCUUAUGGUCUUAUUGUCUUAUGGACUGCUUGGCUCAUUAAGCUAUCUGUCAGCUCCUUACUCACAAUCUAACUGAAAUGACAUAAAAUCCUACAACAUCUUCUCCAACCCUUGAAUGCUCCACAAAACAUUUUCUGGCCUUUUACUUCUUGUCAUUACUUCAUAUCUUGUACUCUGAAACAUGGUGUUUUCUUUCAGGAAUUUAUCAAGUUCCCUUAUUAACUAUACGGAAUACAUGCAUCUUUAAUUUGUUCCAGAGGGAAAUGUCUCUCUGUGAAAUGAAAUAUUUCCUGGCAUUUAAUCUCACUCCGCCUGAGGAUUUUAUAUGCAUGUUCAUCAGUCUUGCCAUCCCUAUUGAUCUCAAGUAACAAUCCAACUGGAUUGAAUCCAAUCCUCCCUUCCUUUUAAAAGCCUUCAAUCAUACCCCUUUCUAAGUUAGCUGUUUCCCAAAGUACGUUACCAUUACACUUUAGUUUCCCUUUAUAAUAAGAACUUGGUAUUUCAGAGGAUCAAGAUUCUUCACUAAAUGUAGAUGCAUCAAAGUCUUCCAUGAUUUAUUUAUAAGGUCCGUUCAUCUGUUCAACAAUCUCUGCAGCAUUCUGUAGGAAUACCAGUGCCCCACACCUCACAUGACCACUUAAUAAGUUGUCAUCUAUGAAUCUAAGGUUUCAGUCAGUUUUGAAAGGGGUGAUGAACUAAAUAUGGUUUAUUAAAUGACAGUCAAUUACAAUUAUGCUAUUUGCAGAAAGGUACUUGUUUAUAUGUAAAUAAAAAAUGCAAUACUGGCUUUAAGAGAAUGCUAAAUAGAUGCAUGAAUGUGCAAGGAAUAGGAAGAUAUGGAUCUUGUACAGACAGAAGAAAUUGGUUUAAUUCACAUUGUGCUCAGUGCAGACAUUCUGGUGCUGUAUUGUUUUAUGUUCUAAGAUAUGGAAUGUUUAAAGAAUAGUAAGAGUAGUUAAACAUUCAACACAUAGUAGUUUUCACCAUAGUUAAUUUAUUGUAUAUGUUUACCUUUCACCUGUUGCUUUUGGUAGGAAGUAUAUGGCAAUAGUACAACAGCUACACAAAAAUAUAUUUAUCAUUCUUUAGAAUAUAUUAAGCCAAAACUUUGUCUGUGGUUCUUUGUACCAGGUUCAUAAAUAUGUAUUUGAGUGGCUGAAGGGAAAUCUAAAGAUUUUGAAAAAGGUGAAUUGCUCUGUGAACAUUUGUGUUGUGCCUUAAUUGACCCAACUAUGGUAUAUUAGCCAUGGAAAUGUAAACAUGAUUUUACUCGACAACAAUCUAAUUUCAACAUUAACCUGAUCUAAUUUAUGCAAGAGUUAGCGUUUGUAACAUCCGUUCUUUUUAUUCUAACUAUUGUAAAAUUCUCUUUGAAUUCUUUGACUGUUAAUUGCUGUGUAAAAAUUUCCGAACAAAGAUUGAAUUUUAAUUGAAUGGCAUUCAUUGUGCACAUUUAAGCGAUCGAGAGCUCUACAGAUACAGUAGUUUUAAUGAAUGAAAGUAAAAGUGUGCAGAGCAUUGUCAGUGAGUACAGUUGAGAAUCAACACUUUCUAAAAGUUAAAUACAUACGAGGUGGUUGGGUGGUGGGCUUCCUGUGAUCUCAGAUAAUAACAAUGAAUUUAACACAGGGAGAAAUCUUGCAGCACAAUACAGAGAAAAGUAGGUAUAUUAUUGUUUAGAAUGUAAGUAUAAAAGAGAACCAAUUUUUCAGGUAUAUCUUCACAAGGCAUUCCUCCAAUAGUGAAGUCCUUUUAUGACAAUCAAUGCCAACAUUUGUUAAUCCAAAAUGAAGUUUAACAUUUUGACUGGGUUUUGUAUUGGUUGAGCAAUCUUUUGUCUUAAGAGUUGAAUGCAAUGUAUAUAUCUGAUGCAAAAGAAUAAAGAACCAUGGAAAAUUGUCUUCUGUAUGCAGGAUAUGUGCCUGUGUUAUAAACAUAGAAACAUAGAAAACCUACUGCACAAUACAGGCCCUUCAGUCCACAAUGCUGUGCCAAACAUGUACUUACUUUAGAAAUUACCUUGGGUUACCCAUAGACCUCUGUUUUUCUAGGCUCCAUGUACCUAUCCAGGAGUGUCUUAAAAGACCUUUUGUAUCUGCCUCCACCACCGUUGCCAGCAGUCCAUUCCACGCACUCACCACUCUCUGCGUAAAAAAAACUUACCCCAACGUCUCCUCUGUACCUACUUCCAAGUACCUUAAAACUGUGUUGUACUGACCCUACUAAAUAGUGCCUUUACAGUAAAAAAAUUAUUAUCAUUAUUUAAAUAUGUUAGUCAAGCUCCAUACUAGCACUUUGUGUUUGUCUUUUACAUCUGGAACAAGCCACUGUUAUUUCAGACACUGUAACACUCUUGCCUCUUAGAUAAACAGCAAAGACUUCAGCUCCAAAGGCAUGAGUGCAUAAUCAAGUCCAAAAUUCCAGGGCCAUACUGAGUUGUUUCUCUGAUGUGUCAAUAAAAUAAACCCCUCAAGCAGCAUCAGCGAUAAUCUGACCAUUUCUCUCAAUAGACUUGAUGGAAGAAUGCUCUGGGUAUAAAAAAAGGGAAAUUCUUGUAUAUAUCGAGGAAAGUUGUCAUGCAACUGAGGAGAAAGGGACGGAAAGAAAGUGAUAUCUCAUCUUGAGAAUGUACAUCAGAGGAAACAGAAAGAAGAGAGAAAGAAAUAUAUGGGACAUUAUUGUGAUCAUCUUCUGGGCAGUGUUGCCCAGUUGCUGCCAGUUCUUUCAGCCAGCUGCUUGGCCAAAAAAAAGGGCCCAAUUGGUGAUCUUGAUAAUGCAUCACUUAAGGAAGUGGAAGCUAGUAGAGAAUCUCUGCAAUUUGCUCAUCCAGAGGGCUCAGACAGCUAGAGUGUCCUCAGAAA